GAAGGAAUAUAGCUAAAGUAGUUGUCAACUAUGUUGUUUGUACAAAUAAACAUGACAUGUAUGUCCCUUGAAGAAGAAGUAAAAGCAACCCAAUCCAACCCAACCAACCUUGGGAAAGAAACAAAAAUUCAUUCUAUUCUCUCUUCUUCCCCCAAUUUCCCCAUUCCAAUUCAAACCCUAACCCUAACCCUAACCUUCAAUUCUCAACCCUAAAUGUCUCACACCUCUCAAACCCUAAUGCCUCUCGAUUCCGAUGAACCACCUUCCUCAACCCCAAUUCCAUCUUCCCCUAAUCCACCCCCAAAUUCCACCUCCACCGUCCUCCAUCUCUCUUUCAAUCAAGACUCCGGUUGUUUCGCUGCCGGCACCGAUCAAGGCUUCCGAAUCUACAAUUGCGACCCUUUCCGUGAAAUUUUCCGCCGUGAUUUUGGUCCUGGCGGUGGAAUCGGUUUGGUUCAUAUGCUUUUCCGAUGCAAUAUUCUUGCUUUUGUUGGCGGUGGAUCGGACCCUAGGUAUCCGGUCAAUAAGGUGAUGAUUUGGGAUGAUCAUCAGUCACGGUGUAUCGGUGAGUUGUCGUUUCGAUCGGAGGUGAAAGGUGUUCGUCUUCGAAGGGAUCGAAUUGUGGUUGUUUUGGGGCAUAAGAUAUUUGUGUACAAUUUUGCUGAUCUUAAAGUUCUUCAUCAAAUUGAAACUAUUGCGAACCCUAAGGGUCUCUGUGAGGUUUCACAUGUUUCGGGAACUAUGGUGUUGGCUUGUCCAGGGUUGCAGAAGGGUCAGGUUAGGGUUGAACAUUAUGCUUCAAAGAGAACUAAGUUCAUCAUGGCACAUGAUUCUAGAAUUGCUUGUUUUGCUAUAACCCAAGAUGGACGUUUGCUCGCUACCGCGAGCUCCAAGGGGACUCUUGUUAGGAUUUUCAAUACUUUGGAUGGUUCUUUGCUCCAAGAGGUACGGAGAGGUGCUGACCGAGCUGAGAUAUAUAGCCUUGCCUUUUCUGCUACUGCUCAGUGGCUAGCUGUUUCUAGUGACAAGGGAACCGUUCAUGUUUUCAACCUGAAGGUUGAUUCGGGAUUGUUGGGGCACGACAGAUCACAUACUACAUCUGAGUCUAGUCCUACUAGCCCAACAACGGCUUUGCCUCUUUCAUUUAUUAGAGGUGUGUUACCAAAGUAUUUUAGCUCAGAGUGGUCCGUGGCUCAAUUUCGCUUGCAAGAAGGUUUACAAUAUCAUGUUGCCUUUGGUCAUCAGAAAAAUACAAUUGUAAUACUUGGCAUGGAUGGCAGCUUCUAUCGAUGUCAGUUUGAUUCUGCAACAGGUGGGGAGAUGACACAACUUGAAUAUUACAAUUUCCUAAAGCCAGAAGAGACAUUCUAGCAUGAGUGCAUCAUUCUGUAUAGAGAAAUACUUAUUGGUACGAGAUGGAAGUUAGCGAAGUACGUGAAUACUAUCUUUGCCGUUUAAAAUUCACCAUAACAUUGGGCGUACUCCGCCAAACCUGGAAGUAGAAUGUUCUUUUAAUACAUCAAAUCAGCUUUUGCGUGUUUCGUUGAUAAAAAAUUUCGUACUAAAUAAAAGAUCUCUUCUGUAUAUAUCUCUGUUGACACUUGCUGUGAAUACUAUUUGAAUUUCUAUUUACAGCCUUAUUUAUAAUAACUUUAAGUUGUAAAUAGAGAUUAUGCAGAGCCAUUAAUGUCGUCCAAUCCUUUCUGUUGUCGUGUA